AUGUCUGAGUCGAAAAUGAAGCCAAAUAACACUGCACUGGAUUUGAACCUCCGCGGAGAAACCGCACUGGGUUCGGCAUAUAAGCGGAGCGGAAGAGCAAAAAACGGGAAGGUGGAAGGCAUUAGGUGCAGUAAGCGCCUUACGAUUUUUGUGCCUAACCGAGGCUUGUCAAAUGGGCCCCUGCUCUCCCCAAUUCAUGACAAGUUAGAGCAUCUACGCAAGAUGGAGGUGGAGAACAUCCAAGGCUGUCGCCCUCAGCAGCAGAUGGUAGCCCAUGGUCACGAGCUUGUCGCUGAUCUCGUGGAGCGACGGCUUUUGAUUGGCGUUUGA